CUGCCCCACGAGCUCAGCUGCGGGUGGGGGCUCUCUCCUCCUCCCGCUGCCAUGGUCACGAGCCCUCCAUCUUCGGUCUCAGCUUCCUCCUCCCGGUCCCGUGGCCGCCCGGCUCCGGUUUAAACGCAGCGCGGGGUCCAACCCCUAGCAGCAGUGCGGAGCGCGAGCACCGUGCCCUGCGUCCAGGCCAGAACCCAGGUUUGUCUUGCUGAGUCUGAUGUGUGAUCUCCUGUUCCCUCGUUCUGAAGCUCUGCAUGAUCUUCAGGGUUGACUGAGGCAAAGUGAGGCUUGUCUGCCGGCCAAUGAAGGGAGCAGGGCAGGGUCAGUGGCCAGGAGAGACCUCCUCUCUGUGAGAAGCUGGACUCACUGAUUGACUCUGAUGUAGUAGGCCGAGUGCCUCGCCGCACCCUGGCUAUGUCUAGCUCUGAGGAGGCAGACCUGCUCCGGCUGGAGGAGGUCUUCUCAACGACUCUUGCUCGAACCAUCAGUCUCAUCCUGCAGCCUCUGCUCUUAGCUGACCCGGAGCCCUCAGAUCCCUGUGGCAAAGAGUGCCUUCGGCUUCUGCAGCAGCUGCAUGAGAGUGCCCAGCGGUUGUGGUAUGUGACAGAGCAAAGCCUGCUUUCGCUGCGGCAGAGGCUAUACCACCCACCUUCCAAGGGUCUAGAGGCCGUGCUGUUACUGAGCAAUGCUGACCAUGUCCUACAAGCCCACAUGGAAUACAUCAAGUCCUACACUGAUUGCGUGGUGGCGCAAGCUUUUCAGAAGGUCUCAAAGAAGAGGAGUGAGUUCUGGAGGAGCCAGCGCAAGGCGCUGAGGCAGCUACUGUCCUCUGGGAACUCUGAGGGCUCUGUGGGCACCACGAUGUGCCAGGCCCUCCGCCAGCCACUCUCCCAGCACGUGCAGAAAUACUUGCUUCUCCUGCUGAGCCUCAGGGACACCCUUGAUGAGAGCCACCCGGCCCAGGAGCUGGUGAUGCAUGCUAUCACCCUGUUUGGAAACCUGCAGUCCUUCAUGGGACAGGCCUUGGACCAAGCUGUGGCCACACAGGCCCUGUGGCACAGCCUCAGCAGCCGGCUGAGGGAUGUGCUCUGCAGCCCUGCUCACCGACUCUUGCAGGACAGCCAGGACAUCCCCGUGGUGGUCACUCCACUGCGGGCUGAGCGCGUGCUGCUCUUUGAUGACUCGCUUGUCCUGUUGCAGGGCCACAAUACCCACACGUUUGACCUGAAGUUGGUGUGGGUAAAACCCGGCCAAGACAAGUGUGUGCUUCAUAUCCUCACUCCUGAAGAAGAGAUCUCCUUCUGCACCAGAGACCCCCAGGGCCAGGUUGUCUGGCAGUGGAAGGUGACCCAGGCUGUGUGCCAGGCCCUCUGUGGCAAGAAGGACUUCCCUGUGCUGGGAUCAGGCCGGGAGACGUCUGUGCCUCCUGAAUGUCGCUGUGUGGCCUAUACCUUCCGCCGAGAGGGGCGGCUCUGCCAGGCUACCUAUGAUGGCGAGUGGUGUCGAGCUAAGCCCCAUGGCAAGGGAACCCUGAAGUGGCCAGAUGGGCGGAACCACGUGGGGACUUUUUACCAGGGCUUGGAGCAUGGCUUUGGCAUCUGCCUGGUGCCCCAGGCCUCUGAGGACAAGUUUGACUGUUACAAGUGCCACUGGCGGGAAGGCAGGAUGUGUGAGUACGGCAUCUGUGAGUAUGGCACUGACGAGGUGUACAAGGGCUAUUUUCAGGCCGGUCUGCGGCACGGGUUUGGCAUCCUCGAGAGUGCCCCACAGGCUCCCCAGCCCUUCAGGUACACGGGCCACUGGGAGAGAGGCCAGAGGAGUGGCUACGGCAUCGAGGAGGACAGGGACAGGGGCGAGCGCUACAUUGGCAUGUGGCAGGCUGACCAGCGUCAUGGCCCUGGGGUCGUGGUCACCCAGGCAGGCGUCUGCUAUCAGGGCACAUUCCAAGGGGACAAGAUGGCUGGCCCAGGCAUCCUGCUCUGCGAGGACGACUCUCUGUACGAAGGUACUUUUACCAGGGACCUGACGCUCCUAGGGAAGGGCAAGGUCACCUUCCCCAAUGGUUUUACCUUGGAUGGUUCUUUCAGCAGUGGGACAGAUAAAGGACUGUACACACAGGGAGUGCUGGACACGGCUGCCCUCCCACCUGACCCAAGCAGCACACGCAAGAGACAGCUGGGACUGGGCACCUUCCCUGUGGAGAGCCGCUGGCAGGGAGUCUACAGCCCCUUCCGGGACUUCUUGCGUUUAGGCUGUCCUGGGGAACAGCAGGAAGCCCUCCUGGGCUUCCACACGCAGAGCUCCAGGGAGCUACGCAAGUCCCAGGAGUGCCUGUGUUGUGAGAGGAGCCACCCCGAGGACUGUGUGGGCAGCAUGGAAGAUACCCUGAAGGAGCUGCUGCAGCACCGCAAGCCCAAGGCCCUGCAGCAGUACCUCAGGAAGGCUCUGAGCAAUUCCCGACACCCCCUGGGGCAGCUGCUCCGCACCCUGAUGCUGACCUUCCAGGCCACAUAUUCAGGCAUCGGGGCCAACAAACACCUGCAGGAGAUGGCCCAGGAGGAGGUGAAGCAGCAUGCCCGGGAGCUUUGGGCUGCCUACAGGGGUCUACUGAAGGUUGCCUUGCAGCGCCAGGGCCAGACCCUGGAGGAGGAGAACAUGGAGACCAGGGACCUGCAGGUGCACGGGUUGCUCUUGCCCCUCAUCCUGCCCAGCUUCUACUCAGAGCUCUUCACACUGUACCUGCUUCUCCAUGAGAGAGAGGAUGGACUGUACAGCCGGGGCAUCACCAACCUCAGCCUCUUCCCUGACACCAAGCUGCUGGAGUUCCUGGAUGUGCAGAAGCAUCUGUGGCCCCUCAAGGACCUCAAGCUGACAAGCAAUCAGAGAUAUUCUCUGGUCCGGGACAAGUGUUUCCUGACGGCCACUGAGUGUCUGCAGAAGAUCAUCACCACAGUGCACCCUCGGGAGAAGCUGGAGGUACUUGAGAAGACCUAUGGGGAAAUUGAGGCCACGGUGUCACGGGUGCUGGGCUGCAAAUACAAACUGCCCAUGGAUGACCUAUUGCCACUGCUUAUCUAUGUGGUGUCCCGAGCUCGAAUUCAGCAUCUGGGAGCUGAGAUCCACCUGAUCCGUGACAUGAUGGAUCCCGUCCACACAGGUGGCCUCCAUGACUUCCUGCUGACAGCUUUAGAGUCCUGUUAUGAGCACAUCCAGAAGGAAGACAUGAGGCUGCACCAUCUGCCCGGGCACUGGGACGCUAGAGAACUCUGGUGACACGGCCACUCUGGACCAAGUGCCUGCCGUGGACUUCUGUGAAGCAAGCACUGACAACCUGCUCCCCACUGCCUGGAUCGAGGCAGGCUGUAGAGAUGGUUCUCAAAGGAGACGGUGUUUUGCUUCCUACAGGGCCACACCAAGUGCUGCAGUGUGACCCCAGAGCUCAUGGCUAUCCUUUGGCCUCUGGUCUGGGCUCUGAUAACCCUUUCCUCAGAAAUUAGCACCAUCUCGGGUGAGGAGCCCUGGCUACACGUGGCCUCAGCCCUUACUCUGAACCAUCAGUCUCAGGGCUGCCUGCUGCAUGGUGGUCUCCAUCAUUCUUCCCGUUCAGUUCACGGCAGCCCUUCCCAAGAUCUGGCUCCGUUCCGUUCUUUGGACCUAAAUGGACAUUCUCAUGUCAGCGUUCAUCUCAUUUAUUUUUCUCUCCCCCUGUCCAGAGGGUCCCAAACUGCAAAAGGCUCGGUCUGCUCAGUUCUCUUUCCCGUGAGGGAACCUGUUUCCUCCUCCUCAGCUGGGAUUCAGUGUUGAGCUGGCCUCUCAGUAGCACCUGGGACAGGAAAACCGCAGGUCCAUGCUCAGCUGCCUCGUUGCCUCUGACAGGCCCUGCCCUUUGCAAAGGCAUGUGAUAUAAACACCAGCAAUCAUUAUCUGGCCUGGCUUGCCAGCAGACGUACCUGAGACACUUUCUGACCUCUCUGUGGGAGAGACAACCGGGAUAUCCAAGGCUUACUAGUGCCCUGACAGACGAACAUCUCUGGCUCAGGACCAUGAAUAAGUCUGGUCACAGCGCUGAGUUCUGGGUCACUGUUCCUGGCCCCCGGUAUACUUCCCACCAAUUCAGCCUGUGUGGGAAGGGCAGAAGGAGAUGCUGAAAAAGGUAAUGCCUAAGGCCGUGGCUGAAGCUCUUGGGAGCCUCAGAGAGGGACACCUUCAGAGCCUCUCAGAAAAUGUGGAGCCCUGUGUGAAGAGAGCUGGUGGUUCUCCUGCACUGUGAAACCCAGGAGAAUGCAAAGAGGCUUUCUCUGGCUGGGUCCACCAAAUAUCUCAUCACAAACAGAGGACCCGGGCUGGAGUUCUACCAGGAACUUGUGUCCCUAGGAAGAUCCUUGGAAGGGUUAAACUGACGGAGGCUCCUCUCUCAAAGACAGCCCUAAGUGCCUGUGACACAGUUCAGCUGUGACAAAAACCUGCCACCCACCCUCCUGCCCCCAGCAUUAACUGAACUCGGGCCUCCGGUCUUUGUGAGUCCUGGGGUUCCCACAACGCCCUGGUGGGUUCCAGGAGCAGCCAGGGCUGUAGCACAGCCUACAGGCAAAUCUAACACGUGAGGGGCAUGCAGGAGGGAAGUGAGUGGCAGGCAGCCAUCUGCACUCGGUGCUUCGGGAGACCAGUGGGGAUGGGUUCACCUGCAGUCAGUGCACGGCCAUCUCAGUGACAACGGCCUCUCCUGAAUGGAUUCUUCUGUGGGUGGUAACUACAGCCUGGAACAUCUCCUGGUUUAUGACCUAGAGACAUGCAAGAGGGCAGUCUGAGGAGUUCAUGGUUGUUACCAUCAAUACCCUAACUGCCUAGAUCCAGCAGGUAUAGCCAAGAAAUAAGAGAAUCAUCAGGGGCUGGAGAGAUGGCUCAGUGGAUAAGAGCACUGACUGCCCUUCCAGAUGGUCCUGAGUUCAAUUCCCAGCAACCACACGGUGGCUCACAACUACCAGUAAUGAGAUCUGAUGCCCUCUUCUGGUGUGUCUGAAGUAACCUACAGUGUACCUAUGUAUAAUAAUAAAUAAAUCUUUAGAAAAGAGGGGGGGGAGAGAGAGAGAGAAUGAGAAUAUGAUUCAUCAGAUCAGGCUGGAUAUAACUCCUGGACUCAGGAGGCAAGAGUGAGAGAUGAGACGCAGCUAGUCUCGAUCGCCAGGCCUUUUCAUUCCCCCUCCUGCCUCAUAAUAUGUUUUUCCCCUCCCUACUUUUCUGGGUGAUGGCCACAAUUACAGUCUACUUAUUUAUUCAGGAUUUUUAAUAAACCCAUUUUCAUCUUUA